AUGGCUGUGGUGGAGGCGGGAUGGGAGAGCAAGGACGCAGGGGCACUCUUCCAUGUGGCCAAGCCAGCUACUCUCCAGUGUUGCUCAGCUACGCCCUCACUGCUGCUCAGGACUGGGUACGCCCUUGCUGCCUGCCACUGCUGCCUCCCUCCUGUCAAGCAGCGGCAGGGUAGUGGAUGCGGAGGGCCGUGGGGUGGAGGGAGUGACAGUGCUGCUGCUGCUGCUGCUGCUGCUGCUGCUGCUGCUGCUGCUGCUGCUGCUGCUGCUGCUGCUGCUGCUGCUGCUGCUGCUGCUGCUGUGGUGGUGGCAAUUUCUUACCUCUCAAUCCUUGUCCCCCUCAUCCCCACACAUCCGGAUACUGCUCUGGGGACAGGCAGUGGCAGGGUGGAGGACAGGGAGGGCUGUGGGCCCGAUACUGCUCUGGGGACAGGCAGUGGCAGGGUGGAGGACAGGGAGGGCUGUGGGCCCGAUACUGCUCUGGUGACAGGCAGUGGCAGGGUGGAGGGCGGGGAGGGCCGUGGGGUGGAGGGGGCGACGGUGCUGCUGGACGGGCUCUCAGUGGCUGUGUCUGACGCUCAGGUGGGUUGCUGGGGCUGUAGCCUUGAAGUGCUUGUCGAGAGGGUGGAGGAUGGGGAGAGUAGGCUGUGGGGUGGAGGGAGCAACAGUGAUGCUGGAUGGGCUCUCAGUGGCUGUGUCUGA